GUCAGUAACGACAUGGAUUCAGAGGGCUGUGCAGCAGACGUAAACAAUCCCCCUGCAGAGAUUCCCUGCCAGCAGCAUGGACAAAAUAUGCAUGAUUCAGAGGCUAGCAGACCAUACACAGAUCCUGACAAUGAUGAAAGACCAUUUAGUAACACUCAGGAUUCAAGCAUGCAGCCACUCAUAGACAGAUCUGAGACUUUACAACUGGAGUUUCAGGAUAGCCAGUUGUCACCUGCACUUACCCUGCAUCCCUGCCUGGACAAAUCUCACCUUCUUUCUGACUCCACAUUUUUUCAGCAUAAAGAUGCAGAAUUUGUCCCUCUUCGGGGAUUUCCUGACUUCUCAGUUAUGACUGAGAGAUGCCCCAGGACUUCAAAUGUAGCUGUAACUGAUGAUUCCCACCACCAAAAUACUAUUCUUGACCAGGCUGCACUUUCCCAGCAUCCGUUGGAGGUACCAACAGCCCCGUCAGGUGAAAAAAGCUGCUGCUCACUCUCCCAGCACAGCCUGUCACCUGGAGACCAUUGCAAAGGGCUUGAGGAUCAAGGGAGCGUUUCUUAUGGUGCUGAGGACAAAAUCAGCAGACAUAUGGAAGGAGAGGAGCAGACCACUGCUCAGCAGCUUAGUGAGGGAAUGUCUACUCGGCUCUUGUUAGAGUCCAGGGAAGAGGAUGUUAUUGUGGCUGUUAGUUACAGCAGUGCCGUUUCCUCCACCUCUGAACCUGCCUCACUUCACCAAAACACAGACAAAAGCCAGUUAGAUCCUUCCAUGAAUCUUCAAAAAGGCAGAGAGCAGCCCCAAGGGGGCUCAUUAUCAUUAUCAUCUUCAUUUCAGAAGGCUGCAGAUGUUUCAAAUAUAACUUUUCGUGAUUCACGGAUGCAUUCACACCAAACAACUGACCAUCUCCAUGAUCAGCUUCUGUCUGCAGGACAAAGAGGCUCCAUCUCGGCACCAGCAAGUAGGCACCAUAGUGGGAACAAAAGCUCUCAUAGUGGAAUAUGUGUCACACCAGCUGGUGAAGGUUUGUUGCAUGUACCAGGUCUGCAGAGAGUGCUCUGGAGCUCCGGUCAUCUAACAGCAGCAGAUGGUUCAUUCUUGAGCUCUCAGCCUGUGUCUCAGUCCACACCUGCACUACCUCUCAUGAGACCCCCACCAGCAUUGACCAAACUCUCACUCAUACACUCCAAACAAGAGGCUGUUGCUUCUGCGGCUACAUCCUCCCAAAACAGUCACUCCAAAACUGGCUUAAUUCCAUCGUUGAACCUAAGCGAUCAACGUUCCUCUCCCAUUCACUCUCAAACAACAGCUACAGUUCCUAGUGUACCUUCAGAGACUGCGCAAAAAAUGUCACAUGCCCAUCCCAUUUCAAACGAGCAAGUUCCUCCUCCUGUUUUAAAUCCACACUCUGAUACACCUCACUCCGACACUCAGCACUUUUACUCUGGUGCAGAGAUGAAAGAUCAGGUUCCUCGUUUGGCCCUUGGGAGAGUACAUUCUCUUCCCAGUCUGAGCUACUUACAGAAAGUAGAUGCCUGGAAAGCCAAUCAAAGUUCUAGCAGGUCGUUUUAUGAUAAUUUGGCACUACAGGGGUUUGAUGGUGUGUCGCCCAAGAAAAAAGCACAGGAUGUUGUUUCUGAAGCACUUAACCACAAGCUUUCUCGAGACACGCGUCUGACAUUUGGUGCUAAUCCCAGCUCCCAGAUGAUUCAGCCACUUUCCUCUUCUCAUUCUGGAAGUGGCUCACCCCGUCGGGUGGAUGUAGUUGGGACGGGUGCAUGCAGAGGACAAGCAUCUGAGUCACCUGUCAAUCGCUCACACUCUCACUCCUCCCUGAGCUCUGUGGUGACCUCUAUUCUGAGAGACACUGGUCCACACAAUCAGCUAAUUCCAGUAGCACAAUUUAAUAACAUCAUUCCAGCUACCAGAUCAUUGGACUAUCAGUCGUCCUUCGUUUCAGGUGGAAGGGGUGAAGGAAAAAAUAGCUCAGCUCCUCACAUGGAUAAAAGCUCAGUCAAGAUGUCUCCUUUCCUCAGUCUGGGGCGCUUCAGUGACGUGUCAUCAAACCUCAACAUGAGCAGCACUCUCUCAAGUUCUCAAGGCAGCUGCCAUGGUGAGCAGAGUAUGCGGGCAUCAGUGGGAGCCACCUCUUCAGUAGUGAGUCUUGAAGUAGAUAAUUAUGCACCCUACUGGACUUCCAGACCUGCAUCCCCUCCUCACACUAGGGAACUCAACAUUGAAGACAGGAUCCCUUUGUACCUUUUAAAUUUGGGUAUUGACCAGUCACCUUCAACAAUCUUAAAUCCAUUUACUCAUCGCGGACCAAUCAGAGAGCCUGAAUUCUCUCCUACUGACUUAUGUACCAUCAAAGGCUCCAUAGGAACACCAACUAAAAGCACACAGCCAUCUGAAGUUGACAGUCUUCAGAAGGAGACAUUCUCCAGUUCUAGUCAGCUCUCAGCUGACUCCAGUGCUUCUGUCACACACCGAUUGUCAGUGCAUGAGCAAGGCCAACCAGCCAGUGACAGAACUGUGAAGAAGAUGUUCAGCCAGGUGGAUACUCCACCAAGACUUAAUUCAACAGUUCAUCCUUCAUCAAGCCUACAACAGUCUGAUGCUCCACAAAGUGAAGGAAGCUUUGGUCUUACUAGCCAAAUCAGCUCAGAAGCCAUGCCUCCUCAAGGUCCCAGAGAGGUAGUAAAGAAGGAUGAUGACUCUUUUGUUGGCUCUGGCACACUGCGUGAAAUCAGACAUCUGCUGGGCCGGGCAGAAAGCCUGGUUUCUGGUCGAUCCUCUCUGACUUCCUCUCCCGGCUCACACCGCCUCUCAGAGAGUGACACAUCCCUUGUCUCACUAGGACGGAACAUUCAAGGUUAUCAUGAUGACACAUCUCUGUCAGCUGGUGGGAAUCUUUCUUUGCUGCUAACUCGCUCUUCUUCAGAUUCAGCUUUGAAAGGAAGCUUGUCAUCCUCCCAAAGGCCUCAACAGAUUGACCGCACAACUAUAGAGCCUACCGCUCUCUCUUUGAGCAGAGAGGAAAGUUUGAAGUCACGUGACCUCUGUGUGACCCCAAGGCGGGCUGAACCUGAAGGCUGCAGUGCUGCAGACCAAGAUAAGGCAAAGCAACCUACAGUCACAUCUGCCAUGCAGAUAAAUGUUCCUUCGAUAGCAGAAAACCAGGACCAGACUGAGGAUGCUGUGAUUGGCUCUUCUGAGAAUAAUUCGUCUCAUGUCUCAGCUGAGGUUGAAAGUAUGAGUGACAGUAGCAGCGAGAGUUCAUUGGCUGCCAGAGUUGCCAAGCUCCUGCAGAGUGAGUCACCCGGUUCAAUGGUUACAAGCCGGCCAAGCACCAGUGAUCCAGAAGAUAGCUGUGCACGAGAAUGGAUCCUGAUGAAGGUUUUUGGCCGCCGAUGUGAAAGCUUAGAACUAAACGCUGAGGACAGACAGAGAAUUGAAGACAUCAAAAGAGAGCUUCUACUGAACACCAAGUGGAGCUCAGAUUCUGAGGGCAGUGCUCAGUCGAGUGUUGGUCCUGAAUCUCAGCUGACGAAGGGCUGUGUUGGACUGCGUAACAUGGAGAAUCAUAACUCAGAUCAGCUGCAGAAAGUCGAUUCAAAACCCUCGGACACUGUUCCAUUUUACACUCCUAUCCAACAGGAUCUAGAGGCCAAAGUUCGCCAGAUUGCCCUUAGAGAGGGGCUCAGUUCCCAGCCUUUUACUUCUAUUACUAUAUCAACCACUCGCCGCACUCCGUCUCCACAGUCACCAUCACAUUGCCCUAUCACUGCUACUGAGGAAUUGGACAGUGUUGGUCCUGACCAUGAGACUUUAGAGAGCACGAGCCAAAUGAGACUUCAGCCAGCUGUUAUACCUAAUGUAUCAGGCAGAGAAAAAGAGACGGUGAGAGAAGAACAACAUAGUGAAGAGAAGAAAGGAGAAGAAAUGACUGAUGACAACAAAGAGAACAUUAUUACGAAUGAUCCCCGGAGUAUCCAAAGAAUACCUCACAUGGGCUAUAAUGUCACUGCCAGUAACCAGAUAUUAUCCAGUGCUGCAUCGGAUUCAACCUUUGACAAGAAGUCCCAUCUCUCUCACAUACACGUCACCUUAUCACCCAAACCCAAUCACCAGUCAAAUCCAAACUACUUAAGCAGACUAUCCAGUCAAAACACCAGUAAAGAUGUCCCACCUCCAGUGGUGUCAGGCGUGACUGGUGAACAUCUGCAGUCCAUACACCGAAUCUCAAAAUCAAAUCAUGCCAGAUCAUAUGAACACAGAGAGCCAGUUCAAGGCCAGAAUGCAGGAAGCGUCAGUGCACACUUACAGGCCAGAUACCCACAAACCUUUGCUCUCUCUCAGAGACUGGCUGGGACAUCCAGAACUCUCUCUGUUCAAGCAGCUGUCCCUGCCCUGUUGCCAUACAAACCUCAUGGAAGCUCCGAGCUGUUCUACAUCCCGCAGGCUGAUCCAGAGCUCUCUCCUGGUCACUCUGACACAACUGUAGAAAGCUCUCACCCUGGUUCUGAUGAUGCUGUCCCUCCACACUUCAAUACAGACAUUUUAGGCUCUAGAGAGCUAGAAGACAACAUAAUUACAUCAAAACACAAGGAAGGCAUCUACAGUAAGAGGGCCAAUAUGAAGAGAGUUUCCAGUGUGUCUGGAAAUGGUCUUCCAGCAUCAGUAACCACUUUUGCUGGCCAAAAUGACAAUACUGCUCCUGAAGCUUAUGUUUUUGAGAAGAGCAUGGACACUGUUGGCAUAGAUGAGGAGUAUAGAGAUGAGGAAGAAAAUUUUGUCCCCUUACACAUGGAGGCAGACUACAGUACAGAUGAUGUGCAUCUUCACUCUAGCACUAUUCAGGAGCCCAAAUUACCACUAGAACCACACCAUUUCUCUUCUCAGCCAAUCAAAAAGUCCUACAGGGGGGACAAGAAAAAGCAGGACAGAACACCUCAUGAUGUUAGCAUAGAGAUUAGCAGUUCUCUGGACCAGCUGUGGCGUCGCUUCAGUGAAAAAUGGAGCAUGGAGGAGACAAGACCAACUAAUGAGGGAGAAACGUCACUGCUUGAUAGACUGGAACGUCUGUCUUGUCUCAUUCACAAUACCUCUCCAACAGACCUAACUAUACAACAGUCACACAGCAGGAAAGGAGAGUAUUACAGGAGGAGUGAUCGAGAGGCUGGGACCACAGAGGGAGAAGAGCAAAGAGAAAGAGUUCAGUUAGACGUGGCUCCACAACAAGCUUGGCCUGAGCAUGAGGAGAAUCAGGACAGAGUGGAUCACUGUCCUGCUGAGAGAGAUGAGUCUGUGAGUGUGGAGACGAGCAGUAGCCUGUCCACUAUUGACACGGAGCGGCUGCUGCGAGCUUUUGGACCUCACCGGGUCACCAGUAAGGGACUGAAAAGCAGUGACAGCUUGCUCAGACUUUACAACACUAUGAAUAUGCAGAAAACUGGCCGAAGGAAACCCCGUACUAAACAUGUUGCCGUCUCUGUUGCUACCGAUGAUGUGAGCACUGAUGACUCCACGGUCUCUGCUGAUUCUUUAUCAUCUUCAAGCACUUUAUCCCAUCAUUCUCAAAGAGGUGUUUCCCAAAACCUCAAUUCCAAAAGGUCAAAGGUCAAACUAGUCAGCAAAGGUGUGCAGGCAGGUGAUUUGGAAAUUGUUGUAAAUGGCACCCACAGACACACUCGGGACGUAGGCACCAUCUUUCCCUCACCAGGUGCUUUCAAAAAUGUCCGUUCAUCAAACACAUUUGGCAGAAGCAUUCAGAGUGGCUUUCCCAUCCCCACUGCUUCCACAUCUAAACCCACCCAAACCCUGACUGCUCUGAAGAAAGACCCCAGCAACAAGAGCAUUCGGACACGCUACCCAAACGGUGUGUCAUGGUUUGUCUCAGCUGAUGAGCUUACGUGUGAUGGUCGCAAGGAAAACCAGCCACAGACCGAAUCAGCACCUUGCCCAAGCCAAGUCUGGUUUAAGCCUUACACUAGAACCAGACCCUGGAGAGAAACAACCAGAGAACCACUAAGAGAGAGACAGAAUCAGCAAGAGCAAGAGAGGCCAACAGAGUCCAUAACAGCUACAGAGAAAGCUCUUGUUCGACUUUCACUACAGGAAGCUCUGGAGCUCCAUCGGCCAGAGUUUGUGUCUCGUUCACGGGAGCGGAUGAAGCGUCUGGGGUUACUGGUUGAGGAGAGGAGGUUACAGGCAGUCUUCAACAGAGAGAGAGAAGAGCUCUUCAACUGCCCCGCACCAUCACGUCCAUACAGACCAGCAGCUCCAGUACCCUGUAAACGAGUCGUUCCAAGAAGAGAGAUGGUCCAAAGAUCCAAAGAGAAAUAUGUUCAACUUCCUGAGGUCCAGAGAAGAAGGGAAGAGGAAAGGAGACAGGCAGAGUACCGCUCCUACCGCCUCAAUGCUCAACUCUUUAACAAGAAAGUCACUAAUCGUGUGUUGGGAAGGAGAGCACCCUGGCAGUGAUCCAGAAUCCACCAACAUUUCCAAAAGCCUUACUGUUCUUUGAAUGUGACAGGUCCUGUGGGUGUUUUAUAUGGGGUGAUAUUUUAUAAUGGUUGUGUCUUUUGCAAGUGUUGUUAGAUAUAUAUGUGUGUUCGUAUUUUAAGAUGUGAGAUUUUAUAUGAUUGUGAUUGUGUAUUAUUUAUGGAGUUGCAGUGUUGGAUUGUUUCAUUAUGACUAUUAUAGUCGCAAAAUGAAUUUUUAUUAUGUCUGUCUUUGCUAAAUUUUAGAACUAUUUUUAUGAGGUGAAUAAAUAAGCAGCGAUUUGUGAGAGCUUUU